CCUCGCUGUCCCUGCUGUCCCCUCCCUGUCCCUGCUGUCCCCUGGCUGUCCCCGCUGUCCCCUCGUUGCUGUGCCAAGUUCUCGGGCCCGAGCGCGGAGCAGCUGCGCAAAGCCUACGCCGAGUUCUGCAGCAAGCACACCAAGGCGCUCAAGGAGUACAAGGACCUGCUGGCCCGGGACAAACGCUUCCAGCAGUUCAUCCGGCGGGUGACCCGCUCCCCUCUCCUGCGCCGCCACGGCGUCCCCGAGUGCAUCCUGCUGGUGACGCAGCGCAUCACCAAGUACCCGGUGCUCAUCGAGCGCAUCCUCAAGAACUCCAAAGACAACGAGGGGGACAGCGCGGACCUGUCGCGGGCGCUGCGCCUGGUGAAGGAGCUGCUGUCGGCCGUGGACGAGGAGGUUCACGCCUGGGAGCUCCGCGGGCGCCUCUGGGAUGUUUUCCGGCGCGUGGAUCCCCGCGCCAAGGUGCCGCUGCUCUGGGACAGCCGGCCCGGAGCCUUCGGCAGGGACGAGCUGCUCCGCAGGAAGCUGGUGCACAGCGGCGGGAUGCUCUGGAAAACGGCGGCCGGGCGCUUCAAAGACGUGCUGGUGCUGCUGAUGACGGACGUGCUGGUGUUCCUGCAAGAGAAGGACCAGAAAUACACCUUCCCCAUGCUGGACAAGCCGGCUGUCAUCUCCCUGCAAAACCUGAUCGUGAGGGACAUCGCCAACCAGGAGAAGGGGAUGUUCCUGAUCAGCGCCGCGCCGCCCGAGAUGUACGAGGUGCACGCGGCCUCCCGGGACGACCGCAACCACUGGAUGAAGGUCAUCCAGCAGGCUGUCAGCCUCUGUCCAAGCCGCCAGGAUUUCCCCCUGAUUGAGACGGAGACUGAAGCGUCCUUGAGGAAGCUGAAAGAGCGGAUGGAGCAGCACGACCGUCAGAUCGCGGCGCUGCUGGAGGACAAGGUCGGCAUUUUUGCCGACAUGCUGGCGCUGGGCAGCGGCUGCUCCGAGACCCCCCCGGCCCCCCGGGGGACCCCCUUCCCUGGGGACCCCGCCCGGGGCCCCCGCGGGGACGUGCUGCUGCACGACGCCAUCCGGGAAGGUACGGGAGCUGCGGG